CAAAAAUUGACAUCUGAGUCAGCAAGAAGCACACACUCUCCUGGGCCGGAUUUUUCGCCUUUGCUUGUCUGGAACUUCGUGAUCUUUUCAAGACCCGACAACACCAUCACCAAAUUCCGCCCUCCACGACAACCACACCGGCAAAAUGGGUCACCCAGCGGGUCUUCGCGCGGGAACGCGCUAUGCGUUCAGCAGAAACUUCCGUGAGAAGGGUAUGAUCAAGCUCUCCACGUACCUCCGCGAGUACCGGGUUGGCGACAUUGUCGACAUCAAGGCCAACGGUGCCGUCCAGAAGGGUAUGCCUCACAAGGUCUACCACGGCAAGACCGGUGUCAUCUACAACGUCACCAAGUCUGCCGUCGGUAUCAUCAUCUACAAGAAGGUGAAGCACCGCUACCUCGAGAAGCGCAUCAACAUCCGCAUCGAGCACAUUUCGCCCUCCCGUUCGAGAGAUGACUUCCUUCGCCGCGUCAAGGAGAACGCCGCCCUCAAGAAGAAGGCCCAGGCCGAGGGCAAGCCCCUUCAGCUCAAGCGUCUCCCCCUCAUGCCCCGCGAGGCCCGCACCGUCGACUUCAAGGAGAACAAGCCUGAGACUGUCACUCCCCUCCCUUACGAGACGACGAUUUAGAGUGUCUUUUGGGGGGUUUGGCGGUUCUUCUUUUGCAUGGGGUGUUUACGUGAGGAACGAAAAGGAUUUCUAGCAUGGAAAGGCAUCACGUUUUCGGCAACGUCCAUAGGGAAUGGAAACAAAAAAAACCAAUGGCACUUCAUCGUUCACACCUGUAUGAGGGAUUGUCACCCGUGCGACUCGUUGGCCGCUACGUAAUCAUAUCACGAUGCUUCGGGGCUGUUGCUCUGCUGGUGGUAUGGCACGGGUUCCGGUGUCAAGGUGUUAAGUGCGUGUCUGUUCGUGGGAAACACGGUCAUUCCGGGCGCCUUUGAAAGGCAGGCGAAUAGUUUGCCCAUCGGGCCUUCAUCAGAUACCCCAGUCAAACGAAGAACGAGACCUUACGAAAUGCAUCAAUCGUACUGAUGUGCUAAUUGUUACUGGGUGACGUUUUCUACAAUAUUUCUGAAGAAUGGCCACCAUCCGCAACAGCAGGUACUU